AUGUCUGCCCAUGACAACGCGGACUCUCAGGAUCCUGAGCCAUCCGUCAAGAUGGAAUCGCGCUUUGCCAACGGGCGCGAUCCAAGCUCCCACAUCAACGGUCCUCUCGUCCUUCCUCCCCAGUCACCUUCAUCACAACAGAAACACGAAUCGCCCGUGGACGCCAACUCACCCAUCCACGACCCCGAGACGCCACUGAGCUCUGACUUGAUGCUAGUCAAGCGCGAGCACAAUAUGAAGCCAGAAACCGUAGGCGGCGACAUCGUCGUCAAAGAGCAGCCAGGUCAACCACCCAAACUGGCCCGCAGCUCAUCACAAAAAGUUGUGCCGCGACCUCCACGGCUGUUCUCGCAUUUGCCGGAUAGCACAAAGGAUGCGCUGGCUACGUUCGAGCAGAUCGAGGCCUGCUGGUAUGCCAACAAGAACAUGGGCUACACCGAGCAUGCGAUGGAGUGCGAUUGUGCGGAAGAGUGGGACGCCGAAGCUGGUUUGAAUCAAGCGUGUGGCGAGGACUCCGAUUGUAUCAAUCGUGCGACCAAAAUCGAGUGUGUGGGGGACUGUGACUGUGGACCAGAUUGUCGCAACCAACGAUUCCAGAAGAGGGAAUACGCUCCCGUCGCAGUCAUCAAAACGGAGAAGAAGGGAUUCGGCCUUCGAGCAGAAGCCGAUCUUGAUGCACACCAGCUCAUCUUUGAAUAUGUGGGCGAAGUGGUCGGUGAAUCGCAGUUCCGACGUCGGAUGAAGCAGUACGAUGAAGAAGGCAUCAAGCACUUCUAUUUCAUGUCUCUGAACCGGAAUGAAUUCGUCGACGCGACGAGACGAGGCAACCUGGGUCGUUUCUGUAAUCACUCAUGCAAUCCCAAUUGUUAUGUUGACAAAUGGGUGGUUGGUGAGAAAUUCCGCAUGGGUAUUUUUGCACAGCGAUCGAUCCGGGCCGGCGAGGAACUUGUCUUUGACUACAAUGUCGAUCGUUAUGGUACGGAACCGCAGCCCUGCUACUGUGGGGAGCCCAACUGCGAAGGUUUUAUCGGAGGUCGGACUCAGACUGAACAAGCGACCAAACUGUCUAAUGCAACCAUUGAAGCGUUGGGCAUCGAUGAUGCAGAUGGCUGGGAUACUGCUGUCACUCGGCGACCCCGAAAGAAGAAGAGCGGCGAGCGUGAUGAAGAGUAUGUGGACAGUGUGGAGCCCAAGUCCCUGGAGGAAGACGCUGUGACCAAGGUGAUGGCGGCACUCAUGCAGUGCAAGGAGAAAUGGAUUGCUGUCAAGCUGUUGAGUCGUCUUCAACGUUGCGCGGAUGAACGUGUCCGCAAUCGUGUCAUUAAGAUGCACGGCUACCAGAUCUUGAAUUCACAAUUGGCUAUGUGGAAGGAGGACGCCAAUGUGCUUAUGCAAAUUUUGGACAUUCUCGACCAAUUCCCCCGUUUGACUCGCAACAAGAUCGUCGAUUCAAAAAUCGAGACCAACAUCCAGCCUUUGACAACGCACGAAGACGAACGGGUGGCGGACAAAGCUGCGGCUUUGUUGGCGAGCUGGGCAAAUCUGGAGGUUGCAUACCGAAUUCCACGAAUGAAGCGGGGUGACCAACAGGUCAAGCCCACUGUGAACCAAUUCGAGCGUCGUGAAUCCGGGAGAGAGCAACAACCACGACCGGUCAGCCGAUCUCCACCUCCUGUGAUACCUACUGGACCAGCAGCCCGAGGCCAUGGCCCUGGUCCGCAUCGCCGCGACCGCCACAUGCACCAUCAUGGCGGAUUUGGUCCAGGCGGUGGUGGCCGGCCACGCCGAGACCGUCGCAAUGAUCCUCGCAAUCGACAACCUUUGCCUGAGGGAUGGUUCAUUGCGGAGGCUGAAGGAGGACGGGUCUACUAUUACUCGGCGGCUGGGGAGACGACAUGGACACGGCCCACGGUUCCACCGCCCUCAGCCACCGCACCGGCCACAGCAGUACGCAACCAGGCGUUGCAGAGCAUCAUUGAUGGAAUUGUGAAUUCCCAGGAUAAGACGCCAACCGAGCGAAAGACCUCAACUCCAGGCACGCCCCAGGCUUCGUCAGACCCAGUAGACAAGAAAAAGAAAGAUGGAGACUGGUGGAAGAAGCUAUCUUUGGAGAAGCAAAAGAAGCUUUACGAGAACACGCUGCAUCCUACAAUCAAGCAUGUUGUGGACCAGUACAAGCACAAGCUUCCCAAAGAGGAUUUGAAGCGAUUUGCGAAAGAGACCGCCAAGAAGCUUGUUGAAGGUGACUACAAACAUGAGCGCGUCACCGACCCGACCAAGAUCAGCGACAAGCAUCAGAAGACAGUCAAAUCAUACUGCAAGACGUUCUUUGAGAAAGCAGCCGCCAAGCACAAGGAACGCGAAGCCCGCAAGGCUCAGAAGGAAGCCUCGACGGUAGAGUCAAAGCCGGAUGCCACGCCAGCCGGGGAUCAGGAUGUGGAGAUGAUCGACGCGGAGCAGCAAGGGCCCACAAUCACUGGUGCAAAUACCAGAAAUGGGUCUUUGACUUCGAUGGAUGAAGACAUCAACAUGUCCGGGGUGAAGCGCAAGCGUGAUGGUGAAGCAAGCACGCCACUUGUGGACGACCAUGAUGCUUCUGACCCCGAGGCUUCUCCUUCGAAGCGCCAGAAGUCUACGCCUCCUCCGCCGCCGCCGCCGCCGCCUCCUCCAGCGGAUGCUCCUUCUGACGUCGAAGACCAUGAUACAUAG